CGGCGGUUGAGGCACACCUGUGUGUGCUCCUCCCAGCUCUUUCACUCGUGUUUAGUCAUUUGCCGGUAGAAGACUUAGCUUCCACGUACCGUCAGUCCGGAACCUGUUACAGGCAUCGAUUCAAAUUCAAAUGAAAUGUCCAAGGACGGGAGCCGCUCGUGCCUCAGUUUGGGGGCGCUUUGUGAGAGACUGUUUGGUUCAUCUAAGACCGAAGUUGAAAAACCAGCGAAUACCACCAAACUUGCUUCGAAUCCGCCCUCUUCUGAGUCCGCCGGUGAAAUCUACACGGCGCUGUGGCCCUUCCAGGCUCGCGCGGACGAGGAACUGUCCUUCCAGAAAGGAGAGCAGUUCCGAAUCUGCGAGCGUCAGGGUGACUGGUGUACUGCCGUUAAACUGGACAGAAACGGAACGGUGACAGACAAGGGCGUCGUUCCUCAAAACUACCUAGCGAGAAGGAAGACGGUGAAAGAGCAACCUUGGUAUUUUGGGACACUGAACCGCUUUGAGACCCAGAAUUUACUCCUGGCUCCAGGGAAUAGAGUUGGUGCUUUUUUGCUGCGACACAGUGAAAAAGAUCACAUAGGGUGUGUAUUAUCAGUGUUAAUUAGUGACAGGGAAGUGAAACACAUUGUGGUCCAUCAGAAUCAGAAUUCAAGUUUCUAUUUGGAUCAGAGUCUGAUGUUUCAGAGCUUGGAGAAUCUGGUGGAGCACUAUAAGAGGAACAUCAUGAACUGUGGUAUCUGUCUCACACGGCCAUGUGCACGGCCAGAACCAAAACCUCAGGAUCUUUCCCACCAAACAGUAGAUGACUGGGAGUUACCUAAGGAGGAAUUCACUCUGGAAGAGGAGCUUGGUAAAGGAUACUUUGCUGAUGUUUAUCGUGGAAAAUGGAAAGGCAUGGUCAAUGUGGCCAUCAAGAUCCUCAAAAACAACGAGUCUCUCGAUCACAGGGAGUUCCUGUGGGAGACUCAAAUACUGAAAAAGCUGAGACACCGACAUCUCAUCACACUCUUUGCCGUCUGCACAAGCUCCACCCCCUUCUACAUCAUCACUGAGCUUAUGGAAAAAGGCAACCUGCUCAGUUUCCUCCGAGGUGAGGAGGGGCAGAACCUGGAACCGCAGGAACUGAUAGAAAUGGCAAGUCAGGUGGCUGAUGGGAUGGCGUACCUUGAGGAGCAGAACAGCAUCCACAGAGACCUGGCAGCCCGGAAUGUUCUAGUGGGACCCAACUACAUCUGUAAAGUGGCCGACUUUGGCCUAGCCCGCAUCGUCAAGGACCCAUUUUACUCAUCUGAAGAUAAAACAAUUCCAUAUAAGUGGUGUGCUCCUGAAGCCAUCAGCCAUGGAAGGUUCUCCAACAAAUCUGAUGUUUGGUCAUUUGGGGUCCUCCUAUAUGAAAUGUUCACAUAUGGUGGAGUCCCGUAUCCAGCUUUCUCAAACCAAGAUGUGUACAAGGUGAUCACCUCGGGGUACAGAAUGCCUUCGCCCACUAAGUGCCCGUCGCACAUCUAUGACGUAAUGCUGAUGUGUUGGAAAGACUCGGCUCACGAAAGGCCAGAUUUCAAUGAACUGAGAAGGCUCCUGGAGAACUCCAGUAUGGAGAGGACCUCUGAGAGCUGCACUAACACAUCCGAUCCAGCAGAAGGCAUCAGUUAACAGGGCAAUGCGAAGACAAAUGAGUGUGAAUGUCCCAACAGUAGUUGUUUGUACAUCUAAAUACCUUUCCCCUCAUUUUCACCCCUUUUUACAGUAUUCACGCACUUUCACUUUUUUGUGUGCUUAUUUUCUAAUUUCAUUUGUGAAUUAUUCACGUUUAAUCAAACAUUACUCAAAUAUACUCGGAUGAUACUGAAGAUUAUUAUUUUUACUACCAUUUUUAGAUGAGAUAAGUUUCCGAAUUGAUCACAUGGACUUAUAAAUACAACCAGUUUUAUGUUCAUUAUUAACAGGUUUUACCUUCAUACUACAAAAUAACUUGCCUUCAGCAGAUCUGCACUCUGAAUUUUAAAUGAAUGGUUAUGUAUAUAAUAUAAAUUAUUAUUAUUGUUGUUG